GGAGAGAGAGAGACAUAGGGAGGGUGAUGGAGGCUACAGCGAUGGGGUCAGACGUGGGUCCUCCAACAUGGCGGCAGCGUCGUACGACCAGCUGCUGAGGCAGGUGGAGGUUUUGAAGAUGGAGAACUCCAAUCUGCGACAGGAGCUGCAAGACAACUCCAACCACCUGACCAAACUGGAGACCGAGGCCUCGAACAUGAAGGAAGUGCUGAAGCAGCUGCAGGGCACCAUAGAAGAAGAGUCUGGAGAGGCGUCAGGCUGUCAGCUGGAGCUCAUCGAAAGACUGAAAGAGAUGAGCCUGGACUCUGCAGGUUUUAAGCCCAGGUUGAGGUCUCCCCUGCCCCCCUCGUCCUCCUCCAGCUCGGCCUCUUCAGCUUGCGGAGCUCCUGGAGGAGCGGCUGGAAGCUCCGGAGCUCAAGGCCCCCCGACAACCGCUGCCUUCCCCAGGAGAGGGUUGCCAUCUGCGGGCAGAGACAGCCACGACCGGUGCCUGGAGGAGCUGCAGAAGGAGAGAUCUCUCCUAUUGGCUGAGCUGGAGAAGGAGGAGAAGGAGAAGGACUGGUACUACGCUCAGCUGCAGAAUCUCACCAAGAGGAUCGACAGUCUGCCGCUCACUGAAAACUUCACUCUGCAGACGGAUAUGAGUCGUCGUCAGCUGGAGUUUGAAGCUCGUCAGAUCCGUUCAGCCAUGGAGGAACAGUUGGGCUCCUGUCAGGAGAUGGAGAGGAGAGCUCAGGCUCGUGUGUCUCGUAUUCAGCAAAUAGAGAAGGACAUCCUGAGGCUGGGAGUUCGCCUGCAGGUAGAUGAAGGUCAGGGGGUGAGUGACAGCAGCGGAUUGGCCGGAGCUCAGAGCUCCAGCAGCCGAUUGGACCAUGAGCCGGCCAGUGAGGCGGGCUACUCUGUGCCUCGACGAAUCACCAGCCACCUGGGAACCAAGGUGGAGAUGGUGUACAGUCUUCUGUCCAUGCUGGGGACGCACGAUAAAGACGACAUGUCGCGGACGCUGCUCGCCAUGUCAAGCUCACAGGACUCGUGCAUCGCCAUGCGUCAGUCAGGCUGUCUGCCGCUGCUCAUUCAGCUGCUGCACGGCAACGACAAGGACUCCCUGUUGCUAGGUAACUCUCGCGGCAGCAAAGAGGCUCGUGCGCGGGCGUCGGCGGCGCUGCACAACAUAGUUCACAGCCAGCCCGACGAUAAAAGAGGCCGGCGCGAGAUCAGGGUGCUCCACCUGUUGGAGCAGGUGCGUCAUUACUGUGAGGCGUGCUGGACCUGGCAGGAGAACCACGAGAGGGGCGUGGACCAGGAGGAGAACCCCAUGCCAUCUCCGGUGGAGCAUCAGAUCUGUCCGGCGGUCUGCGUCCUCAUGAAGCUGUCCUUUGACGAAGAACACCGGCACGCCAUGAACGAGCUCGGAGGUCUGCAGGCGGUGGCAGAGCUGCUGCAGGUGGACUGUGAGAUGUUCGGUCUGAGCAGCGAUCAUUACAGCGUCACGCUGCGGCGAUACGCCGGCAUGGCGCUCACCAACCUCACCUUUGGAGACGUGGCCAAUAAGGCCACGCUGUGCUCCAUGAAGGGCUGUAUGAGAGCGAUGGUGGCUCAGCUCAAGUCUGACAGUGAAGACCUGCAGCAGGUGAUAGCAAGCGUGCUGAGGAACCUGUCGUGGCGUGCUGAUGUCAACAGUAAGAAGACGCUGCGCGAGGUCGGUAGCGUGCGAGCACUAAUGGGCUGUGCUCUUGAGGUCCAGAAGGAAUCGACUCUGAAGUCUGUACUGAGCGCGCUCUGGAACCUGUCGGCGCACUGCACAGAGAACAAGGCGGAUAUCUGCGCCGUGGACGGCGCUCUGGCGUUUCUGGUGGGAACACUGACACACCGCAGCCACACCAACACGCUCGCCAUCAUCGAGAGCGGCGGCGGCAUCCUGCGCAACGUCUCCAGCCUUAUCGCCACCAACGAGGCACACAGGUAAACAACCUGUAACGGG